AGUUCGUAAAAACACAAACACUCACUCUCAUUUUUAGGGUUUCUCUAGUUUCUGGAUUUUCAUCUCUCGUUCAUUAAUAGGGUAUCUCUCUCUCUUUAGAGGUUUUCCAGGUUUUCAUAUCCAUCUCUGAUUUUUAAGGUUUCGACUCUCUCAUCUCACAAUCCAUGAAUCUCUCUGGAAAAAUCGCAGCAUCUCUCUCACAAAGCAAUGGCAAGAGAUUCCUUCUCCUUCGCUCUGUCCUCCUCCAAUCAUCUUCUAUCUCCACUCAACCAGCAGCGUCAGCGCCAGCGGCGAAAACGGGAUGGACCAAAACGCCCAAACCCAAAUCCAAAAAUCCCGAACCUGCUCCUGACCCGACGGUGGUCCGGGACUAUGCUGUCCCGUCGGUGGCCCCUCCACAGCAACCUUUCAAUUGGUCGAGGCCUGCCGAAGUACCAUGGCAGCCGAAGGUCGCUAAUUCGGUGCACCUCAUGGGCUCCGUGGGAAUCCCAGUCCAGCUCGACAUCUCCCCCGACGGGAGGUACUGGGCCGUCUCCGUCCUCACAAAGGAAAAGAUGAAGGAAUUCCCGCAGCUCUGGAUUCCAAUAAUAUUUGAAGGUGAUUUGGCACAUGUUGCUGCAUGCCAUCUCAAGGAAAAUGAUCUCAUUUAUAUAACUGGACAGCUGAGUGGAGAUCCACCGCCAUUCGCUAUCGAACAAGGGCGAACUAGCAUUCAGGUCAUGGUACAGAGCCUAAGUUUUGUCCAGAAAACUUACCCAAAUAAGAGAACACAAGCACCAUAUGAAGAAAAUGGACAAGCGUCUGAUGAUCUAGCUAAAUUACAAUUUACAAGUCUCUCUCAAACCGGAGACACGAGGAAAACUGUGCAGUCAGUAGGGAGCCCUUGGAGAGAUCUUUUAGCUAAUCCAGAGCAGUGGUGGGAUCACCGAUUGGAUAAGCUCAAUGGAUUGGUGAGCCCAAAGCAUCCAGAUUUUAAACACAAGGAGAAAAACCUGCCAAUAUGGAUUGACCGUGCACCAGAACAGGUCCUGUCGGGACUUGAAGGACUAAAAUUUGAUGUGAAAAAAGGAGAAAAGGUUAAGCAUGGAUCGCCUAUAAAAAGAACAGUUGGUGAGCCAUCCUCGAAACCAUGCCUGGAAUCUACAGAUGCAUCUUGGAAGGACUUGGUGGAAAACCCAAAGAAUUGGUGGGACAAUCGAUCCUGUAAGCUCAAUCCCAAAGCCCCUGAUUUUAAACACAAGGUAACUGGUGAAGGAUUGUGGAUUAACAGGACACCAGCUUGGGCAUUGUCUAAGUUGCCGCCUUCCAAACCUAAAUCAACAGUCAACAUUAACAUGAAGGACACACUACUGUCCUGAGUGCUCUACCCUGUUUCCUACGACUUAUUCUGGUGGGGGAUACAGUGUGAAGUUCUGAAGAGGACUGGUGCAUUUCUUUCAUGCAAGUGUAUUUAUGUGAACAUACAUGGCUCUGCUUAGUGCUUGUCCGGCCAGCUGACAGGUACUGUUGUCCUAACGUGAGCUAUCCAUCAAUAGGUUCAUUGUCCGUGAGCACCACAGAUAUUUUUCGACGCCCAUAUAACACUUAUACAGGAUCAUCAAUUCCCUUUAGCUGCAACGUUCAUUGAUGUUAUCAUGUACAUUUUUUGGAGAAUGCACAAGCAAGAAAAGGCACUUUAGAUGCCAGAGAUGGAAAAUGUUAUGGCCAUGGUUGUAAUCUUGUAAUUAAUGGUUGGAGGAUUGCAUCUUGAGAAUGAACAUUAUAAAUGGGACUGAACUCGGGCUCUGAUGGAUUGUGGGUGUUUGGGGAAAGAAAUUAUAUAAGAUGAGAUUGCACAAUUUUUA